GAUGAACAUUCAUCAACCUUGCAUAAUGUUAUAGACGGCUUUGAAAGCAAAAACGAAAUUCGGUUUCGCGUUUGAAGCAAGAAUGGUUGUAGCCGACACAUUUCAAUUCAUGGAUAUAGGUCCAUCUGCAUGCCUGCGCAUCUCUUCGGAUGCAGGGCCUAAAAUGGCGACGGAUCGGACUAAAAGAGCCAUUAAAGUUGGAUUUUACGACAUAGAGAAUACCAUCGGCAAAGGCAACUUCGCGGUGGUGAAGUUAGCGAGGCAUCGCGUAACAAAAAGCCAGGUCGCCAUUAAGAUCAUCGACAAGACUCAACUGGAUGAAACCAACUUAAAGAAGGUGUACAGAGAGAUAGAAAUAAUGAAACUUCUCAAUCAUCCACACAUCGUUAAACUAUAUCAGGUCAUGGAAACGAAGAGCAUGUUGUAUUUAGUGACAGAAUACGCCAGCAAUGGAGAAAUGUUUAAUUACCUGUCCAAUGGUGCUCUUCCUGAAAAAGAAGCACGUAGGAAGUUUGCACAGAUUUUGAGUGCUGUUGAGUACUGUCACAAGAGACAUGUUGUUCAUCGAGACUUAAAGGCUGAGAAUCUCCUUCUCGACCAAAGCUUCAACAUAAAAAUAGCAGACUUUGGUUUUGGUAACUACUACACACCUGGAAGUCCACUGAACACAUGGUGCGGCAGCCCUCCUUAUGCUGCUCCAGAAGUUUUUGAAGGGAAACUCUACCAUGGGCCUCAGUUGGACAUUUGGAGUUUGGGAGUUGUUUUGUAUGUACUUAUUUGCCGUGCUUUACCAUUUGAUGGUGGAACUUUGCCAGCUCUGAGAGACAGAGUACUUGAAGGAAGGUUUCGCAUUCCAUUCUUCAUGUCCACUGAAUGUGAGCACUUGAUCCGUCACAUGCUCGUCAAAGAUCCCAACCAAAGAUAUACAGUCGAACAGAUUAAAAAACACAAAUGGAUGCAAGCCGACCCUGCUGUGAAAACCAUUUUAGCUGACAAUGACGAGGUUAAUUUUGAAGGAGAGAAGAUACUGGACGAGUACAAUGAACAAGCGCUUGAGCUUAUGCAGGGGCUCGGCAUCGACAUAGAAAGAACGAAAAAGGCUCUGGCUGAAAACGCAUAUGACCACCAUACAGCUAUUUAUUACUUAUUGGUGGAUCGAUUACGUCAACACAGAGCCAGUUACCCUCUGCAAACCCAGUUAGAGACCAGACUCCGUCGGCCAAGUGGGAUUGCGGAGGCUGCUGUUGUAAGGGGGAGUAAGAACAAUGUUGUGGUAGUGCCAACUCGCGCUGCUCAACGGACCGUCCCGGCGCAACCUGCGAGACCUUAUAUUCCUCUGCAAUACGCUAUUAAUGAACUUCACGAGCGCAUUCCAACGCCACCUGAAAUAAGGCGGGAAAUCGCUACGGAGUGUGUCAAGGAACUCUCACCGCUUCGCGAACCUGGACUCAAAGCGCGCUCGAUUUCACCGCGGCAAAUGAUAGGACCUUCAUUAUCGCUAGACAAUAGUGUUAACAGAGAAAUGGACUCAGACAUUGAAUCUGCGGUUAUAGAAAAAAUGGAAAGUGAAGACGUCGAUGACAAAAGCCUUAAACCCAGGCGACAUACGGUUCAUACGAUGCCGAAACAACCACUGAUAGUUCCGCCGUAUCACCCUCUCCUUGCCCGCGGUGCUUCGGAAGAAGUGCUGGAGGAAGGUAUUAUCCCAACGUUUCAAAUGAAACCAGCUAUUGUCGUCUCGCAUUGCGGGCCUGGUAAUACUUCUACGUCGUCCGCCUCACCGUUUGUUUCACAUCGAGGCUCAGGACUGCAUUUGCACGAUCCCAGGUCGAAUUUCCACGUGCCGCUCGGGAGGCGUGCGUCGGAUGGGAAUGCUGUGGCAAUUGCUUUUCAACAAAACUUAAGGAUAACGUCAACACAAAACCGAAUUAAAAAACUGCAAUUAGAGCAUCAAAGACUUCAAGAACAAUACCAAAAAUCGCUAUCGCCCUCCGAGCUUACAGAUCAGCAGGCAGUUCACGCCGAGUACAAACAAAAUUAUGAUCAAAUGCGUGAGGAAUUACAAAAACAUUAUGAGGAACUUAUGGCAAACAACGAACAAGACAGAACUGAUGGAAGAAUGGAGCCUGUCGCCGAACAGAAAACUAGUUUUAAACAGGAAAAACAGGCCCCGUAUUUUCAGCCUUUGCAUCAUCAACUUCAACAGCUGCAUAUCGAUGCGAGACACAACCCAUUACGGCGCACACCCUCGUAUAAACAAAAUCCUCACAAACAGGUCUUUCGAACAUCCUCGUAUAAACGCGCGCAAAUAUGUGGCAUGUUGCCCCCGUUAGAGAAUGGAUCGCCGACGGAGUCUCUUGAGAACACAGAACCACUUGUCCAAGCUGAUACUCAGAAUGUGGGAAGAUAUUCUAUAAUCUCGCUUUAAAAAGAAAACUGAUUUUUUUUUGGCGCUUUCGAAUACGUGCAUUGCAGAUUUUAAUUCAUCUUUUAAGCAAAAUACCUAAGGUAUAACUGUUCUCUUGAUAAGAAACAAACAUUGCAUUCUUAUUCCUAUUCGAAAACAAUUCAAUAAGUUCUCUUUAGAAUUCUGUGAAACGAUUAAUGUGUCUGUUUUGCAAAAAUCGUGCUGUCAUGUGGACGGCCAUUACAUUUUCCCUUCAAAAUAUCCAACGCUGGUUCUCAUUCGCCCAAUCUUCACUCGAACUCUAUAAAAAAUCUGCAGCAUGUAUUCGAACUCGUCCAAACAACUAAAGGUCUCUAAUAAUGAACCAAGAAAGGAAAAAAUUGAUCAAUAAGGGAGAGGAUUAAAAAGGUUUGCGAUUGAAGAAGCUCAACUCAAAAUCUUGGCCAAGUUUUUGCUAGAUGCUUGUUUUCAAAGUCGUUACAUCGAGUUUUAAUAGGAACUGAAAAAGUGUUUCGCUUUGUUUUCAACAUCUUUUGAGGUCUUGUUCAUGUUAGCAACAGUUAAAUUAAAACCAGACUGUACUUGGCUACUGCCACUAUAAAAUCACCCUAUAAUAAAUCUAACUACUAAAUUUAUAUAUAUUCUUUAUAAAUAUAUUUCUAAAAAAAGUAAGAGUGUAGGUUUUUUAUGGUCCUUUUCAAAGAGAGAGUAGAUUUCUAAGAUAUAUCAGAGCUCUUGUACAUAGCCAGAGAAAAAUACAGAAGAGAGGAAACGAAACGAGAGAAAUGUAAAUAAGUUCGUUUUCACGCCUCGUGGCUUUGAUCUUGUGAACGCGUAUACAAGCUGUAAAGGUACCUUGCGUUUUUUCCAAAAAACAAAAAUUAAAGCAGAAAAGAAAAUAUA